AUGUCGACUCUGGUUGUUCCAGGUGCAUCGAUCUACUAUGAGUCCGUUGGCAAAGGCCCAUUGCUGUUGUGCAUCUCGGGUGGCGAUGGUACAACAGAGAUCUGGCAAGGCUUUGCAGAAGAGCUGAAGGACCGUUUUACCGUCGUAUCAUGGAAUCGUCGAGGUUUUGGGAAGAGUUAUCUGACGGGUGCACAAGACUACUCACAGCGUCUCGAGACAGACUCUGACGACGCAGCCCGGCUAAUACGACAUCUGUCACCAAACGAGCCUGCGACGGUCAUUGGGAACUCUUCCGGCGCGAUCGUAUCUUUGACGCUGCUGAGCCGCAAUCCCGAAUUGAUCCGCCAACUGAUAAGCUAUGAACCACCUCUCGCCAAACUACUACCCGACUUCGACGAGAUCUGGGCCACGCAUGAGGACAUCUACGCCACCUACCGAGCAGCUGGAGUCUUCCCAGCGUACGAGAAAUUCGGCAAACUCGUCAAGGUCAAUAUGCCGCCUCAAGCCGUAGUCACCAUGAUGAGUGGUGCGAUGGGCCCUUAUGUGUUCUCCAACAUGAUGUACUGGUUCGAACGAGAAUUCAUGACAUAUCCGGCGGUCGAACAUGAUGUGCAAGGGAAGAUUGGUUCGGUGAAGGAGAAGCUCAUUUUGUUCAAUGGAGAGCUGUCGAAUCGUGAAGCGUACCAGUAUCGCGGCAAUGUGGCACUGGGCAAGCAGAUUGGAGUGGAGGUCAUUCAUGUUCCUGGUGAGCAUGUCGGGCAUAGGAGCCAUCCCAAAGAGUUUGGUCAGAAACUUGUAGAGGUGUUGAAAGCCCAGGAUGAGUUUUAUAGUAUGCUUUAG